UUGUAUACAGUCAAAAAUGGUCAUGUUGUACAAAAUAUUAUGAAAUUAUUAAUUUAAUAUUUGUUUAAAUUGAUGCAAGUUUAUUUAAACGUGUCCUGUCGCUGCAUUGUCCCUUGAAUAACUGAAUUAACUAUAUCAAUAAACAUAACAUACAUAAUAAUGAAAUUACAAAAUAUGACAAUUUAUAUAAAUAAAUGUAUACUAAAGGUGAAAAAGGCCAUACGUGAGUUCACCGAUGAAAAAAAAAGCUUGACCCAGACAGGGGAUGGUCCACCUCUUCCAGAAAUGUCUGUAACAAGCCAGGGGAUAGUGGACAUGAUGUCUGGCCUAGCCUCCUUUAGUGGAAUACCUGGGGCUUCAAAUUGUAAGAGCUGCAUUUCUGCUCCAACUUCAACUUCAGUUCCAGUAGAAGACAGCCAUGUGCAGAUCAUUUUGUGGGAAGGUACUCCGAGUACAACAGUUACUGCUGUCCAUAAAGGAGGUUUGCCACAAACUCCUGUUGUGAAGAUUGCAGACGAAGCUCCAGCUCAAGAAAACUGCAAUGCAGGUUAUGGGUCCGAAGUUGACGCUCCAGCACCAGAACCUGAGCGGAAGAAGUUUCGACCUGGAAACAUAUCAAAAGAAACACCAACAACUUUAAAAGAACUACAAAUGCGGUAUUACCGAAAAUGCAUAGAGGUACAAGAGGCACAACUUGAGUGUUGGACAAAGUGUUCUCGUCUGGCAGAGGUAAUGCUGCAGAAGAUGCCUUAGAUGCUUGGGGGACUAAGACGUGUUUUUUGUUGUGUUAAAUUUGCCAAUGUUAAUAUGUUGUACACUAUUUAAAUACAUACAAUCUGAUUGUUUUUAUGUUUCUCUGCAAUGCUGCAGAAGAUGGCUUAAAUGCUUGGGGGACUAAGACGUGUUUUGUUGUAUUUAAAUUUGCCAAUGUUAAAAUGGUGUACACUAUUUAAAUACAUACAAUCUGAUUGUUUUUAUGUUUGUUCUAACUCAUAACUACUUACCUCAUAUAAAGUAUGUGCGUGUGAUAUGCGCUCUCACGCCGCGUCCGUCCAUCUGUCCAUGAAACUGUUCAGGCGGUGGCUGCUCGUCGAGAACGGCAUCGGGGACAUCUGGCUCCUUCCACAGA